GUCUUUUUUGCGCUUCACUCGGGCGUUGCAGUUGCCGUCCGAGAAAUAUGUCCAGGAUUCGUUUCAUGAGUAUGGUGCCACCUCCAGCUCUUCGCUGGAAUGAGGUGCCAGUCGAAGCGCGCGAACUAUAUAUUCUCAAAGGCUAUCGUCCGUUAAGUGUUGGAGUUGUCAAAUCCUUGGCAUCAGCUUUCGCCCUGCAUAACGAAACAUUGAACAUUUGGACUCAUGCCUUGCCGCUUAUCUAUUUUGCGUGGUGGACAAUACUUGAUCUUGGAGAUGCUAGAAGUUUGCAAGCUCCAGGUUCUCACCAUCCCCUUUACGCUUAUAUAAUUGGAGUGCUUACAUUGUUUGCCGUUUCAACUGGAGCUCACUUACUUAUGAGUGUUUCUUGGAGAUGGAGGCAAGUGUGUUUCAUGUUAGAUUAUGCUGCAAUAUCAUUUUAUGGGGUAGCAACGGCGAGGGCAUACUAUCAUUACACGGGCAACACAGAACAUUCUACAAAAUGGUAUUUAUUGGCAACAUCGGCAGCUGCCCUGGCCGCAACAUUUGCUUGCUGCUGGACGAGAGUUAGUCAACCGAAAUCGGCACAUUAUAUACGAACCCUAUCUUUUUUUUUGCCUUUUGCCUUUGCCUCUUUGCCAGCGUUAUCUCGUUUGUAUGUUGAUGCUUACUUUCGACUACGUUUCUUGAAACAUGUUUUCCUCCUGGUCUGUGGAGCAGCAGUCAAAGUUAGCAAAGUUCCAGAACGGUUUGCUCCAGGGACUUUUGAUAUAUUUGGCCAUAGCCAUCAAGUAUUUCACGUACUCGUCUUCUUAGGAAUCCGUGAACAAUUUUGGAUCGUUAUGGACGAUGUAAAACAGGUGGAAUCUUCCAGUUCUUCUUCGCCUAUUUCGGCCUUUGGGCCUUUAGCCGUACUUGCUGCUCUUAUGCUCAUUACUCUAGCUUUCUUCAGUGCUCGAGGAGAUACUCCAAAAAAAAACAAAUAA